UAGGUGCGCAUGGUUCCUAGAGUGACAGGGCAAUGAGGAAGUCACCAGGUAGCUACGCACACAAACCGCGAGUCCAAACUCUGGAGAUACACUUCCUUCAUUCAAGUCGAGUUGACUCUACUUUGUGAAAAAGAAUGUCUAGAACUGAAGGUCCUGUGCAAAACGGAAAUAUUAAACAAUAUGUAAACCAGUGUGACUUGAAAAACGGUAUUAAGAAAAGGACAAAUGGAUAUCACAAGGCUGAGAGAAAUGGCCUGUGGAAGGGGCCAUGCCCCAGGCGACGCAUGUCAGAGGCGUUUGAACAGGCGCCCAUGUAUGUGGCUGUUAUGACAUACCUGGGAUUUGGCAUCGUCACCCUUUUCGGCUACUUCAGGGACUUUCUCAGGGCGGUGGGCCUGGAGAGAUGCAACCUUGCCCAGGAACGGCAUGAACAGAAGGAUUUCGUUCCACUUUAUCAAGAUUUUGAGAACUUUUACAAUCGUAACCUGUACAUGAGGGUGCGUGACAAUUGGAACAGACCCAUUUGCAGUCUGCCUGGUCCUGUGUUUGAUUUGAUGGAGAGAGUUUCCGAUGACUAUAACUGGACCUUCAGGUUAACUGGGAAGACGAUAAAGAAUGUCAUCAACAUGGGCUCCUACAACUACCUGGGUUUCGCGGAGAACAACGCCGACUUCCUGAAAACCGUGGCUGACAAAACACGUCAGUAUGGCGUUGGGGUCUGCAGCACAAGACAGGAAAUGGGUAACCUCAGAAUACACCAGGAACUGGAGCAGCUGGUGGCGUCUUUCCUGGGAGUAGAGGCCUGCAUGGCCUUUGGGAUGGGCUUCGCUACUAACUCUAUGAACAUACCAGCACUGGUUGGAAAGGGCUCCUUGAUCCUGAGUGACGAACUGAACCACACAUCUCUCAUCCUGGGAGCGCGGUUGUCAGGAGCAACCAUCCGGGUGUUCAAGCACAACAACAUGCAGAGCCUGGAGAGACUGCUGAAGGAGGCUGUGUGUUCAGGUCAGCCUCGUACCCACAGACCCUGGAAGAAGCUGCUGAUCAUGGUGGAGGGCAUCUACAGCAUGGAGGGCUCCUUGGUGCGCCUGCCUGAGAUCAUCGCCCUGAAGAAGAAGUACAAGGCCUACCUGUACCUGGACGAGGCUCACAGCAUCGGGGCGGUGGGCGGCUCAGGGCGGGGCGUGACCCAGCUGUUCGGGGUCGACCCUGCUGAUGUGGAUGUGAUGAUGGGGACCUUCACCAAGAGCUUUGGAGCGUGUGGAGGCUACAUCGCUGGGAGCAGGAGGCUGGUGGACUACCUUCGCUGCCACUCCCACAGUGCGGUCUACGCCUCCGCCAUGUCUCCACCAAUCACGGAGCAGAUCAUCCGGGCCAUCAAGUGCAUCAUGGGACUGGACGGGACCACAGUGGGCAUCAGUAGGGUUCACCAGCUGGCAGACAACACCAGGUACUUCAGAUCCAGACUGCAGGAGAUGGGAUUCAUCAUCUAUGGUAACGAGGACUCUCCUGUGGUGCCCGUGCUGCUCUACAUGCCUGGCAAAGUGGUGGCCUUCUCUCGGGCCAUGCAGCAGAGGAGGGUGGGUGUGGUGGUGGUGGGAUUCCCAGCCACGCCCAUCGGUGAGGCCCGCGCUCGCUUCUGUCUGUCUGCCGCGCACACCAGAGACAUGCUGGACAAGGUGCUGCAGGAUAUGAAUGAAGUGGGAGAUGAUCUGUGCCUGAAGUUCUCCCGGAGGAAGUACUGCCCACGACCGCAGCUCUUUGACCAGACAGACUAUGAGCUGGACAGCUGAUGGCCUGACCUCUGACCCCUGACCUCUGCACCGAGAGACUGUACCGCUCCACAUGUGGAGGGGGUGUUCCUGUGUCACUGUGACAGCGGACCACUCACCCCCCUCGGUCCCACUGCACAAGAAGGACAAACUCAGGACCAUGUCUGGCAGCGGCUUUGAACAACACACCUUUAUAAAGCGUGUGAAUGAAGAGAUCCGUAUAUUUCUUAUUACGAUUUAGGAACAGAGAGACAGAGAGAACUGUAUUAUUAUGUAUUAACUUAAGCCCCACAUCCCGUCCCUUUAAGAGUUUACUAGUUCUGUUUGUAGAGAUUAUGUACAAACGUGGAUGGAGUGGCUGUGGUUGUUCCGGUGUUAGUUUGUCUGUGGCAGGAGUGUCGUGAUCACUGGAACAAACAUCUUCAUGAGACCAAACAGAUCUGUAAUACAUGAAUGUAGGAUUUGCAUUCUGUUUGAUUUAUUUACAGUUAAACUUGUUCGUUUCUUGCCAUGAUACCAGUGUUGAGCGAAAAACUCUGAUUGUUAUCGAUUGUCUGAACAUAAAUGACUAUCACAUCCA